AUGGUGUCGAAGCGAUGGGCCUCGCUGCUGCCCGUCGUGCGCAUCAGCGCUCCUGCCGACUCUCCACCUCGUCGGGAAGAAUAUUACCGGUACUACGACUCAGGUUUUAUUAAAUUUACGGAUAAAAAUCUGCUUCCCGUCCCCAAGCUCUCCACGCCCGCGCUCCUCCGCACGCUCUCCCGCGCGCCGAGCGUGACUUUCCUCGCACUGGGCGACGGCGCCGUUGAUUUCUACGAUGAUAGCUUCCUUACCUCGCUGCUCGCCGCCUGUCCCAAGCUGACCUGCUUGACCCUCGGCGAGCCUCGUUUCGCCGACGCACCGCCGCCCUUCACCAUCAGCUUCGCAUCGCUCAACUCAUUCUUCCGCGCCGCAGCGCCGCAGUUACAGGAGCUCGCGCUGCUGCUUCCUUACGAGGCCAGGAAGCAUCUUGAUUCGAUUUCGUCGCUGUCGUCGCUGCGCGUGCUUCGCCUCCGCUCCGACACGAUUCAACGGCUCCCGGACGGACUAUGCUAUCUGCCCGCGCUCCAGGAACUGCAGUUCAGCUGCUCGAUGCUGUGGGAUGUGCCCGAGGACUUCGGGCAGCUGAAAGCUUUGACGCGUCUCUCCAUCGUCGACAGCCAGAACGGCGCGCACAGCCUGCCCGAUUCUCUGGGCGACCUCUCGUCCCUCACCUCGCUCUGCAUAGCCUUCCCUUGCGGCCGACUCCCCAAUAGCAUCACCGCGCUGCAGCAGCUGCGGCGCCUGCAGCUGCGACGCUACGACAGCGACUUUCCAGACGGGUGCGAAGCGUGGACGAGACUGGAAGAGGUUUCGCUCGAGAAAUGCAGCCUUCACCUCACAGACGUAUUCAUCCCCUCUCCGCUUUCUCACCUCGCCCGCCUGCUCUCACUCCGCAAGUUACGCAUCACGAAGAGCGCCCACCUUCCUCACUCUGAGCCCUUCAUUCCCUUCAUUCCUGAGAACAUCAGCGACUUGGCAGCGCUGGAGUCGCUAGAGCUGAAAGAGCGUGUGUCGGAUAAGGAAGCUGCGUCAUAUAGAAGCAUGUUAGCCAGGAUGGCUAGAGGAGAAGAGCCGCAGCCUGAAAGGUGCAAUCAGCUGGAGCAUCUACCACGAGAGUUUGGAUCCCUUGGGACACUAACGAGGGUGGUUAUUGAGGGGUCGUUUUCCUCUCUGCCAGACACUCUCGGCGGCCUGACCUCCCUGCAAGAAGCAUCUCUGAAGUUUCCAGUCCUUGCCAGCUUGCCUCCCUCCUUCUGCCUCCUCUCUCGCCUCCACACACUUACCAUCACUGGCAGUGACUGUCUUGUCACCCUGCCCGCAGACUUCGGCUCCCUAGGUGCCCUCCAACACCUCUCCAUCCACUCCUGCUCUCGCUUGCACAGCCUUCCCGACUCAUUCUCCUCCCUCGCCUCCCUCCUCCACCUCACCAUCACAAAGUGCCCCAAGCUUUCCACCCUCCCUGAUGGCUUUGGCUCCCUGCCCCGACUGGCCCGGCUGGCGGUCAUCUACUGUGACUCCUUCACUCACCUGCCCGCCUCCUUCCCCUGCCUGCCGUCCCUCCGUGUGGCCAGCUUCAGCUGCUGCCCGCGCCUGCAUGCCCUGCCUGCUUACAUAGGUUUGUUGCUUGCCCUAGAGGUGCUGCUUCUAAGGGAAUGUGUGGCACUCAGGACUCUGCCAGAUUCGCUCAGACAGGCCAAGGCACUUAGGCAUGUGGAUUUGUCCAAGAGCGGGGUGGCUAAUGUAGGCCGUGCUUAG